AUGGGCCAAAAACUCGUCGCAUGCUUUCGACCACCACCACCACCAAUAGCAGCGGAACAGAAACUGUCCGAGCAAGUGUCUCCACCACCGCAACUAUCGUAUGUAGAACAACAGGACUCCAUUUCCGGUCCUUCGCUCUGUGACAUGCCAGCUGAAUUACUUCUUUACAACAUCUUUCUAUAUUUAACAUUCAUGGAUCUCUGUCAUCUUUCGCAAGUCAACAGACUUUUGCACGACCUUCUUGAAUCAACAGACGACGAUAACAGGGAGCUUUCAGCACAUUUAUGGGCAAAAUGUAUCAAGUCUGAAAUGUUAGGUAAGAGUACAAUAACUAUUCGAACUUGA